AUGAUGAGACCGUUGGAGUGCUCCGACGCUCAAAAGGUCAGCUGGGCCACAUACCUUCUUGAGGGAGAGGCCGAGACCUGGUGGAAAAGCGUACAAAGAAGUGUGCCAACUGGGUACGCCUGGACCUGGGCUGGCUUCAAAACAAAGUUCCUGGAGAAGUAUUUUUCACGGUCGUGUCGCAGCGAGAAGAUUGCGCAGUUCUUGAAGUUGGAACAAGGAAGUUUGACAGUCACCCAGUAUGAGGUGAGAUUUGAUGAGCUAUCACGAUACGUACCUAAGGCCCUCGAGGAUGAGGAGUACAAACUGGAGAAGUUUAAAGAAGGACUGAAGCCCGGGAUACAAUCUCGGCUAUGCACUUGGGAUUUCGGGGACUUCCCAGAAUUGGUGGACAAGGCAAUGCGCUUGGAGAAAGAUUUUGAGCGCACCGUCCACUCCAGCCAGCCGACUCGGGAUGCCCCGUUCCGACCAAGGCAACCUCUUCCUGCUCCGCCCAUCCCUGCGGGGAAACCUAGACCAUUGGUCUCAUGA